UGCUGCACAGAAAAUGAAGCGGCAGCAGCAGCUGUCAUCUGUCAGCAACUGCCAUCCGUGCAGUUUCUUCCACUUCCACAAUUUCCAUCAGCCUUUAAUGACCCGACCGUCCGUGGAAAAGUAGGCACGAGUCGUUUAAACACCGGCUGGACAUCCUCUGCCCUCGGUGACUGAUCGCCUAGUGAGCAGAGAUGGCGAAGAAGAGUUCAACCAGAAAGUCUCUGAAAAGUUUGUUCUCCAAGAGCGAAGCUAGCCUGAGCGAGUCGGCGGAGAAGGAUGUGAGCAAAACCGAGGGGGAGAAGAAGAAGUUUAAGUUCUUGAAGCUCAAGACAAAGUCGAAGAGCGGCUCUGUCUCCGAGAAGUCAGCUAAUGAGAACCAGCAGGUGCUCAGCCUCAGUGCUACUGAGCCCAAUAACACUGCUGAGGAUGGAGAGGCCUGGGCUGACAACAUUGUCUCUGACAAGAAGAGGUCUUCUCUCUAUGCCACCGCACCCAGGUCAAAGGACAAAGAAUUAAGCUACUCAGAGUUGGACCUCCGUAAGCCCAAGAGGUUUGCUACCUUUUCCUUUGGUCUUAGAAAGAAGAAGAAGAAAGGAUGAAGAUAUUAUCUCUAAGAGCACUUUUGGCCUUCAUAACCCAGGCAUUGAAGAGCAAGAAGAGACCCCUCUGGACCUCAGUCAGAUGGAGUUGGAUCAGGCUGACAUGAAGAGGCUCAGUAUGUCUCAACCGGAACUUGACACCAGUGGUACAUUUGACAUCCCCUCUCCUCCACCUGUGGCCACAAACCAAUCAGAACCAUACUUCACUAUCCCUAACCAGUCACAGUUAUCUGUCACUAUAAACACCCAGCCAGAAUCAAAGGAGCCUCUGACGAACAGCACUGAUAUUUCGAAUGUGCACAGGGAAACGCCAAAAGCACCGAUUGCUGCCAUUCCUGAGCUCCAGCUAGAUGAUGAAGAGAGUGAACCUUCCUGUUCGUGAUAACUCAUUCAAAAAUGACGCCACAUUACCUGCUCCUACAAUUCACACUGAAAGUAUCUCUGUUGUUGAUACCCAGACUACACCCAGCCUUCCAGCUAGCCAGCCUCCAAUCAUGCUUGACACCUCGGAUCACAAAGCAUCAGUUGUCGAGUCAGUCAGCGCAUGCGACGGCCCUCGUGAUAACGAUAUCUUCCAGCAGUCUUACACAAAAACAGAAAUCACUCGUACCGAGUCCACCAGUGUUACAUUAGCACAUCAUCAACCUGAUGCCCCUGACAUGGCUGACAGUACAACUCCAAGUGGUGAGCCCUUCCUGACAAGUGUUGAUUCCAAAACUGACACUAGAAUUAUAAAGUCAACCCCCGUUCCUCGCGAUGACAAUGACAACACUGCUCUGAGCAAAGUUUCUGCUUGCGCUGAGAGAUCUAUUCCUGAACCUGCCAAGAGUGUCACCAAAACCUUGGCUGUUAGCAGUGAUAAGAGCACUCAUCCCUACAGUCAAGAUGCAGUUUAUGGAGCGUUGUACGAGUCACUUUUCCCCCAGAGUUUUACCUCUGAGAUCAUGUCAUCCCUUUCAAACCCUCCACCUCAAAUCCGUACGGAGAUAAGACAUCUGAGCCCCAAAUCAGAGCCUGUCAUGGUUAAAACCCUUAAUGAACUUCACACAGAAACUAAUGUUAUACACUCUCGCCUGUCAUCUGACUUUGCUGCUCGCAGAAUGGAUGAUGCAGGAAGUAGUGAUACCAACAUGAAUGCCAACUUCACGGUGGUUUCUUCAAAUGAGAGCUCCAGAUUUACCUCUUACCAAAGUUCUGCUACUACUGAUCUUCAAACAGACACAGACACACGCCACAGUUAUCAUCCUUCCUCUCUCAGUUCAGCUGCUCAACAAGCUGAUAAAGAUAUUCCUUACUCAGAGCUGACCUGCACUGAUUCAGAGAUGAAAUCAGACAGCUUUAGCUGCAUUCAUGAUACUGUUAGGUCAGUCCCCAUGAUUCAAAACUCCACCCCUUCCAUUCCUGACUGUGUAACAUCCCAAGGGACAGAUACUCAGGUUACUGACUCCAAACGGAGAGUGAUCCUGGUCAAAGAGUUAGUCACAGAUGAGGGGAGCGCUGAUUCUGGCUGUCCCUCUCCUGUCCCUGAUAAAAUGAGUGCAAAAGCUAAAAAUCUUGAGCUAAACAUCGAAACGACAGAGAGCUUUUACACUGCUUCUGCUGGCUCCGGACAGACAGACGGGCCUUUAAGCCCAGCAUAUCUCAGCGUGGGAUCAGAUGAUGGCAGUGCCAUGGAGAUCUACUACAGCGCAGAAGAGGACAAUGCAGAGGAGAGCGAGGAAGAGGAGAUGUACACUGUGGAUGAAAGAGAAGAAGUUUGUGUGGUAGAUGGCAUGAAAGAGGUAGAGUGGGGGGAGAUUGCAGAGAGAGAAGGGAGCAAGAAAGAUGAGAGAGAUUUUAGGGUGGUAAUUGUUAAAAUGCACAGUGAAGAAGGCAACAUGGGCAGUGAAGAAAAGAAAGAGGAUCUCCAUAGACAAACUGAAGUGCAGCAACAGCUAACAGGUCAGGGGGAAGAAGCUCGGGUGCAUGAAACUGAAAAGGCUGAGUUUUUUGUAAGCAAUGAUGCAAAGAGUCAGGAUAAAGAAGUAGCAACCACAGCCUUGCCACAGGUGAAAGAAGAGGAGGAGGAGGGGAGAAAGGAGGAGUUACUGGCCACACCGGUUCAGCAGGUGAACACACUGAUGGUAUGCAAGGUUACUCCGCCCUCCGGUGAGCCGCAUGGGCAGGGGGAGGGGUCGAAGGGAAACUGGAACGAGGACUUUGAAACAGAAGACCACCUUAAUGGAGCCAAGAAACUCCCAAGCCACGAGAUACAAUAUCUGGCCCACAAAGACAGCAGGAGCUCUGAAUAUAUACAUGCUGCUUCCAGUAACACAAGAGAGGAAGAUGCAAUCACUCCCACAUUUGGAGAGGCAGAAGAGCAAGUUUCACUGACUGCAGACAAGAGAGAAGGAGUGAGCAAAGAAAGCUUAGAAACCAACAGUAAGGCUACAACAAGUGUGGUCACAGGUACUUCUGCUGGAGCAGAGGUUGUCACAGGUGUUUUAACACAGACCACUGAGCUGCAAUCAGGUGCCACAGAGAUUGAACACAAUAGGGCUCCGCAGAGUAGUGAGUGGGUGGAUCCAAUUACUCACAGUACGGACAGAAACAGGACGGUUCAAGAACAGGUGGCAGUCGAGCUGUCAGCCUUGAACGCAGGCACACACCAUCCUGAUACAGAACCUGCAGAGGCGCUCUCAGAGACACAGGAGCAUCCGGCAGAGGCCCAGCCUGACCUGAUUAAGGGGUCCCAGGUCACAGCUUCAAGGACCGACACAGCAGCUUUAGAAGUCUCUGCCUCAGAAAGUCAGCAGACAGAAGCCGACCAGGAAUUGGCUGACAAAAUGAAUUCAGGCUACAGCAGCCUGAGCACUAAACUGACCAUAAAGAACUCUCCCCCUAGAGAGGAUGAAUCCAAAAAUCGUUUCCGUAAAGUAUCUCUGAUCAGUGAGGAGGAUAGCCUCAGCCAGGAUACAGUGGACUUUAGCAAAACAAGCCAACCCACUGUUACUGAGUCAAAUGGAACAGAUGUCAGCCCAGAGUACAGAUGGAGAAAUAGAUUUGAGGGGGUUUCACAGUAUAAACUAGACAGAACAGAGGAUUCCUCUUUGUCUGACUCUCUGAGAUACAGAGUGUCUGACACCUACUACAGUACCUCCUCAUUGUCCUCCUCCACAGCUCUUCCCGAGGCCAGCGCAUACAAACGUCUCAGCAACACGUUUUCCUCCUCCUCCUCUUCCCCUCCUCCGGAGGAACGCUUUACCCUUAGCAACAGGCUGAGUGACAGGACCGAAGUUUAUUUGAGCCAUGAGAGCGAGCCUGCGGGAGAGCCAAAAGAUGAGUGGAGGAGGAGCUUUGUGGAGCAGGAGGGGCCCGCUGCACCUGCAGGUGAAAAAGAGGGACAGAGAGAGGGAGAGGCAGAGUCAGAGAGGACAAAGUCACGCUGGGACUCACAGCAGUUUCCUGUGUGCGGCUUCUCCUCUGCACUUAAAACCAGCCACACCGACAGUUUCAAAGAGGACGACGACGAGGAGUCAUCUCAGUUUACUGGAGUGUUCAAAGCCACGCUCGUGGAGCUGGUCUCCGACCCCGCGGCACCCCCCUCCACACCCCCUGCCUCCCCUGACGAAGACUCCUCAAACCAGUUCGACAUGGAUAGCCUGGUGGAUACCCUGAAGAGCAUGGGACCUUCCCUGAGGCCCAGGAGCAUGGGCCCGCGUCCCUCUCCUCAGGUCCUCCUUUCCUCCCUGCCUCCCAUCGUUGAGGAUGCUCCCAGUCCGGUCACCCCUGAUGUCCCAGCCUCCCUCACCAGUCUUGCAAAAAAGAUGGACACAACAGACGGUUCUUCUGAGUCCCUCAAUGGAAUUUACUCUCUGCCUCCUGACUUGGGACUGAAGAGAAGCUCACAAAGAGACACUCGUUCACCACUGGAACUGAUGAAGCAGAGCCAGCAGGACCAGCAGCUGGAGUCUGGAACAAGAGGCCUGAACAUGCCUCUGAGAGCAUCUGCCACCAACAGUAUUGUAAUGAGAACAUCCUCUGACUCUUCCCCUGAGGACUUAAAAUCCCCACUGCUUAAUGGAAACGGAGUGCCUCUGUCUCCCAACACAGGCUCUCGGCUAGACAACAGUGUCAUCUUUGGAAGCUACAGGUCAUCAUCCAUAGAUCAGAAUGGGGAAAAUGGAAAGGCCCAUCGCCCACUCUUCCGCACCAGCUCGCUUCCAGAAACAGGGCCUUUGAGUGAUCGCAUGAGCGUAGGACCAAAGGAGCUUGGCGAACCUGGUACUGGGAAGGAACCACCGGGGUCCCGCUUUGAUCGUUUCUCCUUCCUUUUGAACUCCUCGUCGGGUUCCUUGACCGGAGCGGAAGACCCCAACGCUCGUAUGAGUCGGCCUCCGCCGCUUGGCAUCAGUUCACCACCCUCCAGUAACAGUCCCACCCGCCUCCUCAGCCCCACUGGCUCCAUAGACCUCCAAAGGCCGCACAUCACCCCAGACUCCCCCUUAUCUUUGUUUGGCCAGUCACAGGGGAUGGGGAUGGGGAUGGGCGUAGGUACUGGGACCCUGGGCACUCCCAUCCUGCAGAGGAGCUUCAGUAGUGAUGGCACCAUGGGGGUCCAGCAGACUUCAUUGUUCAACAGUGUGCAUGGAGGGUCUCAGUUCCAGAGCAAAGAACCUGAACCUGACAGGAAUUUAAUAUCGAAAUACAGAGCCUUCCCAGAUGCCUAUCUCACUAAAGAGAAGGAGCAUGGGAAGCUCAAUCCUCGUCCUGGAAAGAUGUACAUUUUUGACCGACCGGGGAUGUGCGGCCAGAGGAUCGAGGUGCGCAGUGACGUCAUCGAUGCUACGCCCUGGGAGCUGCAGGAGACCAUCUCCAUCAGGGUCGUCAGAGGAGGAUGGGUGCUAUAUGAGAAACCCAACUUCAAAGGGGAGAAAAUUGCUCUGGACGAGGGAGACAUAGAGAUCACCUACCCCUUCAACACUCCAGAGGAGCAGCUGCAGAACGGACAAAAGGAGGGUGAACAGCAAGCAGAGCAGAAUGGAGAGACAAAUGAUGAGCAGACACAGACUAAGCCACCCAGGAGGUUCAUCAUCGGAUCUGUACGCAGAGCCGUCAGGGACUACAGCGUCCCAGAAAUCAGUCUUUUCCCAGAAGAAAAUGCUGAGGGGAAGAAGGUCAUCUUCAGAGAUACUUCAGAAGAUGCCAGGAUUUUCGGCUUCCCCAUUAAAGCCAACUCUAUCAUCAUUAAUGCUGGACUGUGGCUUGUGUACGCACAGCCCUUCUUCCAGGGUGUACCACGUGUCCUGGAGGUGGGGGGUUACUCCAAUCCUGCAGCAUGGGGGGUGGAACAGCCUUAUGUGGGGUCAUUGCAUCCACUCAAAGUAGGUGAGCCACGAGUGGAAAAUAUCAGUGAACCAAAGAUGGUGAUCUAUGACAAGCCUUACUUCACUGGGAAAAUGAGGACCAUAACCACCAACAUGAGAGAUUUCAUGACUAGAACAGACAGGCAGCAGACUGCCUUUAUGUACAGUGUGGGUUCCCUUAAAGUACUGGGAGGAAUCUGGGUGGGCUAUGAGAAGGAGGGCUUCCGAGGUCAUCAGUACCUGCUGGAGGAGGGAGAGUACCACGACUGGAGGGUGUGGGGAGGCUGUGAUGCUGAGCUGCGCUCUGUCAGAGUGAUACGAGCAGACCUGACAGACCCCUUGAUGAUGAUGUUCGAACAACCAGAAGAAGAGGAUGGCAUGCAGGAGGAGAACACCUUCGAGGUGACUGAGGCCAUCCCUGAUGUUGAGCUGUUUGGAUACAAAACCUCCACACGCUCCAUCCAAGUACUCAGUGGGGCGUGGAUUGCCUACUCUCACGUGGACUUCUCUGGGAACCAGUACAUCUUAGAGAAAGGUUUCUACAAUAACUGCGCUGACUGGGGCUCUCAGGACACUCGCAUCUGUUCAGUGCAGCCCAUCCUACUGGCUCCAAGUGACACCUCAAGGACCAGAGAUGAGAUAAUACUAUACUGUGAGCCAGGUUUCCAGGGCGAGUGUCACAUCUUUGACCACAACCAGGAUUCAAUUUCAGGAAAAUAUGCAACCAAGUCCUGCCGAGUGGUGGGCGGAAGUUGGGUGCUGUACGAGAAUGAACAGUACUCUGGGAACUUGUAUGUUUUGUCUGAAGGAGACUACCCCAAUUUAACAAGCAUGGGCUGCCCCCCCGGCUGCACCAUCCGCUCUGCCAAGGUCGUACCAAAGACAUUCUCAGUUCCCUCCAUCUCUCUGUUUGGCCUUGAGGGUCUGGAGGGCAGAGAGAUCACUACAGAGUCAGAGAUACUCAGCAUGACUGAGGAGGGCUUCAACGACCACAUCCUGUCUGUCAGAGUCAACAGCGGAUAUUGGGUGAUAUGUGAACACAGCAACUACAGGGGGCGCCAGUUCCUUCUGGAGCCGAUUGAAAUCACCAACUGGCCCAAGUUUACCUCACUAAAUACUAUUGGCUCGAUGUAUCCAGUCAGACAGAGGCGCCACUUCUUCCGCAUCAAGAACAAAGAGAGCGGCUUCUUCAUGUCCGUCCAGGGCGGCGUGGAGGAGAUGAAGUCGGGACGAGUGGUGGUGACAGCCGAGGUGGAGCCGAUGAGCGACAUCUGGUUCUAUCAGGAUGGCUUAAUCAAGAACAAGUUGUCCCCAACCAUGAGCCUUCAGGUGAUGGGCAACAUAGAGCCAGCAGCCAAGGUGGUUUUGUGGUCUGAGACUCGGCAGCCUAUCCAGACCUGGACAGCCCAGAUGAGAGGUCUCAUUACCAGCCUUACUUUCCCUGGCAUGGUCCUGGAUGUCAAAGGUGGCAAAACUUACGACAAGGAGCAUGUGGUGAUCAUGCCGGAGAAUGAGGAGAGGCCGAGCCAACAGUGGGAGACAGAGUUGCUAUAAAACCUCAUGUUCUUCUUUGCUCAGCUUUCCUAUGCAGUGCAUCAACAGUGCUUUUCUUUAUGUUUCCAGAACAUUCUGGGACCCAACUGCUGCCACUGCCUUAUGAUGUAAUUUAUUUCAGUGCCUGUAAUUUGUUUCUGAACUCCAUGAUCUAUGUAGUGUGAACAUUGCAAUAGUACACAUUUAAUUAAGCAAAAGCUGCAUCAGAUAGUUUAGUGCUUUGCAGAGUUUGUUUGUAUUCACAUCAUGAAAUGAUCCCAUUCUCUGUGAGUCAGAUAAUGAUUUUGUGUAUGCAGAGAACUGUCUGUGCCUUGACCUGAUGCAGCGACUGGUGACAUGAGUUGAAAUGUGAGAUUAAAUGUAUUUUUGAGGACGUACUGAGCCACUGUGUACAAACCCAGCACAGACCGACCCAUUCUCUUGCAUCCAGUGAUCAAGGGUAUGGUUUGACCUAUCUUGCGACUUUGACCUUCAUGUGAUCAUUUGUUAACAAUUUGUGUAUUCAAACUAGUAUCUCCCUGUUUGUAUGAUUCCAGGCUCAUGCAAAUUUCCUGGCUGUAGAAGCACCCGUGAUUGAUGCUUUUAUAACUUUGUUUACAAUGGAGCAAACCAAGUCUUUAUUGCCUCUGGACAUUUUUUAGCAUUAGUGGCAACUAAUGCUUCAUACAGAUAGAGGAUGAAUGAGGCCAAAAGAAUGUGUAGUGUGCAAGAGAUGUAUGUUAUGCUUUUUAAAGAUAUAUAUAUAUAUCACUGUUUAUUUUGUGGGAAAUAUUACAUAUACAGUAUAUCACAUUGCAUUCUCCAGUGCAAUGGAAUGGGUUAUACAUUAUGUGUCCAGUUUCUGUCAAGUUACUCUUAUUUCUUGUUGUUAUUUUUUGUUAAACUGUUACAUAAAAAUCUGUGUUACCUGCA